AGAAGAUGAAGAGACAAGUGAGGAUUAUGAUGAUGAGGAAGCAGAAACUGAGGAGGACGACGACGGAACUAAGCCAGGUUCUGAACGAUGCAGGCGGCAGCUGAUUACUCUUGAGGAUGACUUUUUAUUUGAAAUGAGCGAGCAACAGAGGGAAUACUAUACUAGAUGUUUUAAGUAUCUGAUGAAAUUGACAUUGGGUCACUUUGAUUUGGAUGGAGCUGUUCAUGGUGCGGAUGAACAUGUUGUCGAGUUCUUUAAAAAAAGUGACUUAGAUACGGAUACUUUGUCAAAAAUUUGGGCUCUUAGCGACGUUAAUGAAGACGGUUAUCUUGAUCAUGCAGAAUUCUCAACAGCUAUGCAUCUUAUUGUUUUAAACGUCAAGGCAGCGUUGACGUGUUCGUUAGAUACGGGUUGUAACAUUUUCCGUAAUCUAAAAAGCGGUCCUGACAUACUCAAGAAUGCUCUAAGCCCACAAGCGCCAAAAGGUCCCCCUCCAAAGCCGCCUCCAAGACCUCCAAAUAGGGGACAUGGAAGGAGUGCCAGUUUGGACUUAAAUCCUUUGACGAAUUUUGCAAAACGCAUAAAGGAGCUGGUUGAAAAGGAGUCUUUAUCAACACGUGGUGAAGAGGGUUUGCAAGUAAAUUGGAAGGAGAGGUGCACGCAGCUGAAAAAAUUGAAUGCUGAGUUGGAACUUGAGCGGGCUAAAUUAUGCCAAAUACGUUUGCAGUUGGAAGUACGUUUGCAAGAGUUGGCACCCGCGACAUCUUCCGCCCUUAAGCCAACGUCACUUUAA